UGUAAAUUUCUAACUUAUCUGUGGGCGGGAGUAAUAAACGGUAUAAAGAGCAAUAAAGGAUCUCACCACACCUGAAAGUGAUUGAUUACAUAGUCAACACAACGCUGUAAACAAACAAUCAUGCUGGGACGGAUUUGUGUAGUAUUCUGCUUGGCAGCCUUGGCAAGCGCAGCUGUGAUCCCCGAUGGCUCUAAAGUGCCAAAGUGCUCUGAUUACUUCCUUCCUAUCUGUACCCGGGAAUUUAACCCUGUGUGUGGAACUGAUGGAGUCACUUACCCAAACGAGUGCAUGCUGUGUCUGGAAAACAUGGAGGUCAAGGUGAACACUGCGAUAUCCAGGAUGGGAGAAUGCUGAGACCGAUCCACUCGUUUAUAUUUGGGAUGACAUGAAGGCUGGAACCACAUGCUGCUUU